UGUUUGUCAUGAAAAAUCUUUAUGUAUCAUUUACAUAAAUAUUGAUAUAUGUUAUAGUCCUGUACAUCUGUAUAUCUUUCUGUAAUAUGAUUAACAUUUUGAUAUUUGGAGGAUCUUGUUUUAAAUUCUCGUAUCUCCAAGAUGAUAUAAUUGUUACGAGUAUUAAACGAGCUGUAUUAGUCCUACUUUUGCAUGUUGAGCCAUCAACUCUCCACAUUAGCGCGUUGACAUGCGUAACAUUACCUCGUUUAACUUUCAGGUGGUCAGCUGAUGCUCCUCUCUGCUGUUGACUCUCUAACCCCGCCCUCUUGGAGCGCAUGGGGACAGUGAACCAAACAGAGAGGGGGGAGCACGAGCAGUAGCAGCAGCAGGAGGAGGAGGAGGAGGAGAUCCACAACUUGGGCUUCUGGAGCCGGUGCUUCCCCUGGCGCGGUGCAGUCACAGCUCACCACCGGACCGGUAUACACUAUCUGCGGAGAGGGAAGUGAGCCGCACCGACUGAGAAAGAUGCAGGCGGAGGACAUGGAGAGCUCCAUGGAGUCUCCAAACCUGGAGUUUGAGUACGGAGACACAGACGCACUGACUGCUGAGCUUUCAGAGCUCUACAGUUACACAGAGGAGCCAGAGUUUGCCCUAAACAGAGACUACUUUGAGGAGGACUUCAGGAGCCAUGCUCGAGGCCGGCGGUGGAUCGAGCUGACGGUGGAGGAGCAGAGGUCCCAUGUGAUGAGGCUGCUGGACGCGCUGGAGGUGACGGACAGAGACAAGAGGCUGAAGGUGGCCAGGGCCAUCCUCUACUUGGCUCAGGGAGUGUUUGAUGAGUGCGACACAGAGGUGGAUGUGCUCCACUGGUCCAGACACAAUGUCUUUCUGCUCUACGACAUGGGCAUCUUCACGGCACUGCUGGAGCUGCUUAGCAUGGAGAUAGAUAACAACCAGGCAUGCAGUAGUGCGGUGAGGAAGCCUGCCAUCUCUCUGGCAGACAGCACAGAGCUCAGAGUCCUACUGAGCAUCAUGUACUUGAUAGUGGAGACCAUUAGAGUUCAAACGGAGGAUGACAGACCUGAAUGGAGAGCAGCAAGAGAAGCCUUCAAGAAUGAGCUAGGUUCCCCUCUGUACAACGGAGAGCCCCUCGCCCUGCUCCUCUUCACCAUGGUGACCAAGUUCUGCAGCAUGAAUGCCCCGCACUUCCCCAUGAAGAAAGUGCUACUGCUGCUCUGGAAGACAAUACUGUUCACCUUGGGGGGCUUCGAGGAGCUUCAGGAAAUGAAGGUGCGUGGCCGGGAGUGUCUGAACCUGGCCCCGCUGCCAGAGGACAGCAUCAAGGUGGUCAGGGCCAUGAGAGCGGCCUCACCCCCGGCCUCUGCCAUGGAGCUCAUUGAACAGCAGCAGCAGCAGAAGAGAGGUCGCCGCAGCCGCAGGAGUGCCUUUGUUGAUAGCUUGGAAGGAGACAGUCCCUUUCCCAAGAAGCAGCCCCUGGUCAAGCAGGACAGCCUUGACACAUACAACGAGCGGGACCCUUUCAAGAACGACGACGCCCGGGACGAGGAGGAGGACCCCGAGGACACAGACAGCGGCAUCGAGGGCGAGGUGGACCCCUUGGAUCGCGACGUCAUCAUCCAGCCCCCACCUCCGCCGCCUCCCCUCAGGCCUCCCACAGAACGGGUCAACUUCCCCAAGGGCCUUCCCUGGGCCCCUAAAGUCAGGGAGAAAGACAUCGAGCACUUCCUUGAGACCAGCAGGAACAAGUUCAUCGGGUUUACUCUGGGAAAUGACACAGAUACCCUGGUGGGCUUGCCCAGACCCAUCCAUGAGAGCGUCAAGACUCUUAAACAGCACAAAUAUGUGUCCAUCGCUGAAGUCCAGAUCAAAAAGGAGGACGAGCUGCAACAGUGUCCCAUGAGUCUGGGAGAUGAGGAGGUGGCGGAGACGCCAACAGAGAUGCUUUACCUGGGCAUGCUUCCUAACCUCUCCCAGUACGUGAUUGCCCUCCUGAAGCUGCUGCUGGCUGCAGCUCCAACCUCCAAAGCCAAAACUGACUCCAUUAACAUCUUGGCUGAUGUGCUGCCUGAGGAGAUGCCUAUCACAGUCCUUCAGAGCAUGAAGCUGGGAAUUGACGUGAACCGUCACAAGGAAAUCCUCGUCAAGGCCAUCUCUGCUCUGCUGCUGCUGCUCCUCAAACACUUCAAACUCAACCACAUUUAUCAGUUCGAGAUUGUCUCCCAGCACCUGGUGUUUGCUAACUGUAUCCCACUCAUCCUCAAGUUCUUCAAUCAGAACAUCAUGUCCUACAUCAGUGCCAAAAACAGCAUAUGUGUGCUGGACUUUCCCCACUGUGUGGUCCAUGAGAUGCCUGAGCUCACAGCCGAGAGCCUGGAAGCGGGAGACAGCAACCAGUUCUGUUGGAGAAACUUGUUUUCUUGUAUCAAUCUGCUGAGAAUAUUGAACAAGCUGACCAAGUGGAAACACUCCCGAACAAUGAUGCUGGUGGUGUUCAAGUCCGCCCCCAUCCUAAAGAGAGCUCUCAAGGUGAAGCAGGCCAUGAUGCAGCUCUACGUCCUCAAGCUGCUUAAGAUCCAGACCAAGUACCUGGGCCGCCAGUGGAGGAAGAGCAACAUGAAGACCAUGUCAGCCAUCUACCAGAAGGUCCGCCACAGGCUCAAUGACGACUGGGCCUAUGGAAAUGAUAUCGACGCGCGCCCCUGGGACUUCCAGGCGGAGGAGUGUGCCCUGCGGGAGAGCAUUGAGAAGUUCAACAGCCGGCGCUACGACAAGAACAAGAACGGAGACUUCGUGCCCGUGGACAACUGCCUGCAGAGCGUGCUGGGCCAGCGCGUGGAGCUGCCCGAGGACUUCCACUACAGCUACGAGAUGUGGCUGGAGAGAGAGGUCUUCUCCCAGCCGAUCCAGUGGGAGGGGCUGCUGCAGAAUCCCUGAUGGAGGGACAGGGAUGGAGAGUGUGGGGUUAGGGUUGGGGGGUGGGGGUGUUGGUUGUGGAGAAGUCCCACACUAGCCUGUUUGGUUUCAGGGUGAGUUAUGGAGUCCGCGGAGAGGAGGAGGGAGGAAUGGUGUUAUGCUUCUCAUCCGUGAUGGACGGAUGGGGGAGGGUGAAGAGAAAGAAGCUGGAGAUGGAGAAGCCACCUUCCAGGCUUUGCCGUGAUGGGAGAAGAUGGAAGAUGAAGUGUAAUAUGGAGCAAAUUUGACGAACGAAUGGAGCUGCCUACUCUGUGCUCAGCACAAAUAGAUGCCACACACAUACACACACACAUGACGCUAACAUGUGCCUAUGACUACUGUGAACACACAUGGACGUGGCAAGAACAGAGGUAGCAGUUGAUAAGAAUCCGCUGUAGCAGGAGACUGUUUCGGCCAGUUAUACUGCCCCCCCCCCCCCCCCAAAUAUCUUCACCACUUUGUCAAUUUAUAUGUCCCCCUUUUUUUAAAUGUUGGUGCCUUUUUGAAUCCUCAGUAAUGUUUUCCUAUUUAUUUGUAUCAAUGUGUGUGGUUAAACAAUUUUUUUUUAUGAAGAUGUAAAUUUACAUGAUUUCUAAUCGGUUCAUCUCUUUUUUUCACACAAAGCCUAUUGUAGGUAUUGGGUUGUGGUUUGUAGAUGAUGGAUUUACAAGUUUUUCUUAAGUGUUUUCUAAAAAAGGCCUUUUGGAAGCAAACCACAGGGUAAUUUUGAUAGUCUAAAUGUAGACAUGGGAGCAAUUUCCACUAAUGGCAUAUUGAUCUCGCAUAUGUCACCAGAAAAGAAAAGAAAUAUACCAGCAGUAAGUGGGUUUGGGUUAGGGUCUGUUUGUGAACGUAAAAUGUGUGCGGAAAGAAAAGAAUUAUACGCAAACAGGGCAGAUGUGUGGAGGAUGGUUUGGAGUGAGAAAUAGUAUUCUGGAAGAAACUGUAUUGUGUUUGUUCUCUUUUAAAAUAGAAAAUGUACCUUUUAUAUAGCGUCCUUGCUAUUCCAGAUAUCUUAUGAACUUUGAAUUCAGAAAUCACAGAAACAAAUCUGUCAUCACUGAUGUCAUCCAGGAUUUGUUCAUGCUCGCAUAUCGAACCUACGGCCUGUUGUGUUCCCAUAGAAAAUCUCAGUGAGGUGGCACGUCUCUGAGUUGUUUUAUGGAACCAUCCUGGGCUAAUCAAACCUCAGCUAUGAGAAUAAUUAACAAUUGUGAAUCCCUGCUUGAACCAGCUGACUCCGACUCUUAUCUAUCUGCCUGACAAACAGCACAAUAUGUGAGACACCGGGCCCCUUGGAGAUGGCCUUGUUAGGGAACUUUGCCACCCUCGCUUGGAAGAACACAGCUGUCACAAAAAUGGUGCUGUUUUUCUUAUUUGUCUUCACUGUACCUUAUCCGUUCCUUCAUGUCCAACUACCUAAGCGGGGCUCCAGAGUCAAGAGCUCUGGUUUGUUUCCCGUAAAUGUCUGAAACUGAAGCACACAAACAAGCAUGUUUGCCUUUCUUUUACAUCAUUCUCGCUUGGUUCAGAUUGUUGCCUCGAGGGGUCAAAAGCAGUCAUUUUUUACUUCGGCAUAGAACAAUACUUUUGACACGCAGUCUUGUGCUUCUCUGUGCAUGGCCACUGUUUUGUUUUGGGUACCUGGUGACAUUUAAAUAUGGUCUUUGGAAUUUUUUCUAAUGUUUCCAGCACAAUUAGAAGUGUACUUUUUUUCCUCUCAAAGUCAGUGUUCUGCGUUACAUGGGUGUUUUUUUUGUCUUCUUCAGGAAGGUGAAAUUGUUAAAAAUCAUAUUGUAUACUUUAUAGAUUCUCAGGUUUAUGGAGAUAAUAUAUUGCAAAAGUUUUUAAGCUUCCUUGCCAUCAUCUAGCUCACUACCUGUAGUGAUGAAUACACCUUUAUCAUCACAUUCUUGUAUGAAAAUAACACCUCUAGCACUAAACAUUUACUGCAUAGGCUGUACAUUUACACUGAACACAAUAACUCAUUGUGCGUUUGUAUUUACGUCAGCGACAUUUCCAGUUCAGAUGUAUUUUUUUGUAUCUUGUGCCAAAUUUGAGUGCCAUUUUCUGUUUGUUUUUUCAUCGCUGUUGCCUUCGUGAGCACAUGUAAGGUUAUUCAUUCAAAUCACAGCUGAAGGUUUGCAAUACAAAGUCUUUAUUUUCUACGGGAAAAUUGUACAAUCAAUAAAAAUUGCUGUUUCUUGUAUCUGGUACAGUAUUUUACCAGAAUUGUUUAACAUUGUAUAGGUGUUACUAUGGUAUAUAUACAUGUGUGUUUUUGUUACAUUUCCAUAUCUGAAUAGUCCAAAUGAAUACUCAACACUGCAGUUGUUCAGGGGUAUGUGCAAUUACAGAUCCAUAUAGGCAUUAUUCAAUGCAAUGACAAAGUACAAUAUCAGAGCUGCUUAUUAAACAAUGUUGAACAGUU